GCCGACAGAUGUGUGCGCUCCGAUCUGAUGGAAGUUUUGCACGAUAGAGCGAAAAGAGGAGAAACAUCCCCCAUGUACCUCUGCGCAGCGCGAGCGCUUUAGAGCAGCGGAGCCUGUGAGACAUCCAGUCAUGAUGUGGGUCGCGUUUUUACCCUUUUUGGUUUCGUGCGCACUUGGGAAUACGACCGUGGAGCAGGUGCCGUUCUUUCACGGGCAUGUGUUUGAGAACUCGUCUCCGGGCUCCCGUGUCAACGGACUGAGCGUCCCGUUGAAACGGCUCAACUCGCAGAGACUGUGCGCUACCGAGGGAUCCGGAUCAGCUGCGGCGCACUUUAAACUCCUGGGGGACGGGAGCGACAAUUUCCGUGUGUUUGCGCACCACAAACGGGGAAAUAUUUUACUCAAGACUUCUGGCGUCUUGGACCGAGAGGAGCGGUCUGAAUACGCACUGGGUCUGGGUUUGUGCUGCGGGCAAUGCGCGGCACUGACCCUGGAGGAUGACGGGGACUCCCCGGUGGUGGCUGAAGUGGCGUCCAUCAAGGUGGACGUCCUGGACACGAAUGACCACCAGCCCACCUUCGCCGGUGCCGAUGUGAAACUGAGCCUGGAUGAUGCCACUGCGCUCCGCACGGCCAUCUACGGGGUCACUGCGCGCGACGAGGACAGCGGCAAGAACGCGGAGCUCAUCUACUUCGCCCUGCCUAAGAACGGGAGUUUCUAUGCGGUGCCGAAAACCGGCGACAUCCUCCUGGUGGACUCCAUCCUCGGUCUGGAUGAACCGAUUCGGUUUAAGGUGUUUGCCCGGGACCGCGGGUGGCCACCGCGCACGAGUGAGUGCGUUUCGGUGGAGAUCAGUCCCAGACAGUGGCCCAUGGUGCCCUCGGUGAACCCCCAACCGGGCAAACGUAAACCAACAUCACAAGUUAAAGUUCCAGCGCGAAGGACUAGGUCGGUGCUGGAGUCAGACAGCCCCGUUUUCAUCAACGUGUCCGAGGAUGCAGGGAUCGGUUCAGUGGUGAUGAACCUGAACCCUGUGAGGUUUCAGUCAGCCACGUUCGAACUGGUGGAGCCCGACGCGGAGAGCUCACCGGUGAGCGUGAGCCGGGACAGCGGGGAUAUAGUGAUAUCACGGAGACUGGACCGAGAGACGGAGCCUCUGGUGGAGAUCAGCGUCAAAGUUCAGGAUAAAAGAGGUUCAGAGUGGUACUUCAUCAGAGUGGAGUUGACUGUGACAGAUGUCAACGACAAUGUCCCAGACUGGAGCAUGGUUCCUGUUCCCUACCUUGCUGUGGUUGCACCUGAUGCCCCUGCAGGCUCACUUGUCUACAAGCUCCAUGCCCAAGACGGGGAUGAAGGCAACAACGGUGAAGUGGAGUACUUCCUGUCAGAUGGCGGUGAUGGUCGAUUUGAAGUUGACAGAAAGAGCGGCCAGGUACGGACCACAGGCCUCCCCCUGCAGCGGGACAGGGAGUACCUGCUGACAGUCGUGGCUGCCGACCGGCUGGGCAGCCGCAGUGCCCCCGCUGUGGUCUCUGUGGUUGCUGGAGCCAGGCCGCCACAGUUCUCAAACGCCUCCUUUACUAUUGCGUUACCCGAAAACACCCCUGAAGGACAGCCCUUCCUGGUCACACCUGCGGUGUCUUUCCAGAACAAACCAAUCAGCUACAGCCUCCUCAUUAAUCCCAGCAGUCUCUUCUCCAUCUCAGCGGAGAUGGGUGAGAUCAGUCUGACCCGCCCUAUCGACUACGAGAGUGACCAGCAUCGCUACUUGCUGCUGGUGCGAGCAAGCGAGGGCCAGGACAGCAUGAGCAGUGCAGCAGAGGUACGAGUUGUUAUUGUGGAUGAAAACGACUGUGUUCCAGAGUUCCUCCAGUCCAUUUACAGCAAGGAUGGUGUCCCAGAGACGGUGACGACGGCGACCUCCCUGCUGCAAGUGUCAGCAAACGACUGUGACUCAGAAGAGAAUGCAGAAUUGACCUAUUACACCCUGAGUCAGGACUUCACCAUUUCCCCUCACGGGACUAUCUUCCCUGUGGGGCCGCUGGACUACGAGAGGCCCAACCAUCUGUACGAGUUUGUGGUGAUGGCCAUAGACAAGGGCGAGGUCCCUCGGACUGGUACGACCACAGUUCGCAUCCGAAUGGCUAACGUCAACGAUGAGACGCCUGAGUUCUCCCAACAUGUAUAUCGAACGUUCGUCUCAGAGGACGCGGGCCCCAACACACUUGUUGCCACGGUGCUGGCGAAGGACCCUGAUGGGGACGGGAUCACCUACAAGAUUGCCAACGGAAACGAGGAGGGCAACUUUGUCAUUGACAGCCAAAAAGGUUUGAUCCGUUUACGCUCAAGCCCACCCCCUCGCCUCCAAGGCGUCGAAUACGUCCUCAACGUUACAGCAACAGAUGACAACGCCUCAGGCGGACCUCAGGCCCUCUCAUCCACAGCCCAGGUCAUAGUCGGAGUGGAUGAUGUGAAUAACAACAAGCCUGUCUUUGAGAAGUGUCAGCAGUACAGAGAGAGCACGUCGGUCCUGGAGAACCAGCCGGCAGGGUCGUUUGCUCUGCAGGUUCACGCUGUGGAUGCUGACGAGGGCUCCAAUGGCAGGGUCACAUACGGCUUCAUGCACAAAGACUCAACCGUUCCCGCAUUCAGCAUACACCCUGACACAGGGGUAAUUGUGACUGCGAGGAAAUUUGACCGUGAGCGCCAACGGGAGUAUGCGGUGACGGUGACCGCCACUGACCAGGCUGCCGACCCGCUGAUUGGCAUUUGUCAGCUCAACAUCCUCAUCCUGGACCAGAACGACAACAGUCCCAAGUUCGAGAACAUCCGAUAUGAGUACUUCCUCCGUGAGGAUACCAUGAUCGGGACCAGUUUCUUGCGAGUGGCAGCUCAUGACGAUGACUUUGGCCCCAACGCGGCCAUCACGUACUCUAUGUCCAGUGAACAGCCGGAGUACCUCAGGGUCAACCCCUUGACUGGAUGGGUUUAUGUCAACCAGCCCAUCUCUCAGAGGACCUACAUCACCAGGGAAAUCGUGGCUACGGACGGAGGGAACAGGAGCAGCUCAGUGGAGCUGUCCGUCACCAUCACCAACGUGAAGAAUCAGCCUCCGCACUGGGAGAAGGACAGCUACAGCGUGGUCAUCCCGGAAAACACCGUCAGAGACACGCCCAUCGUGACCAUCAAAGCCACCUCCCCCCUUGGGGAUCCCAGGGUGACUUACAAUCUGGAGGACGGAAUGGUCCCAGAGACCAACAUGCCUGUUCGCUUCUACCUGACCCCCAACAGAGAGGACGGCUCGGCCUCCAUCCUGGUGGCUGAGCCCCUUGACUAUGAGACCACCAGAAACUUCAUGCUGCGGGUUCGAGCUCAGAAUGUCGCUGCCGUGCCAUUGGCAGCCUUCACCAUCGUCUAUGUCAAUGUCACAGAUGUAAACGACAACGUCCCGUUCUUCACCUCCUCCAUCUAUGAGGCCUCGGUCACUGAAGGGGCAGAAACAGGAACUCUGGUUGUCCAGGUGUCAGCCACUGACCUCGACUUGGGUCUCAAUGGCAAGAUAUCCUACUCUCUACUGGAGGAUCGCAGUUGGGACCACCAGUAUUUCCGUAUCGACCCGGAGCUGGGAUACAUCUACACUCAGACUGUGUUUGACCGUGAGACUAAAAGCUCAUAUCUACUGGAGGUUCAGUCUGUGGACGGCUGGGAGUCAGCGCGGCCCGGCAAACAUGGACAGUCCAACUCUGACACUGCGUACGUUCGUGUUUUUAUCAGUGAUGUGAACGAUAACAAACCAGUCUUUGCGCAGACAACCUAUGAAGUUGAUGUGGAUGAGGAUGCUGACAUUGGCUUUGCCAUCCUCACUGUCAGUGCCAAUGAUGGGGACGAAGGUGGAAACGCUAAACUGCGCUACCAGAUCACCUCUGGGAACACAGGAGGGGUAUUUGAUGUGGAACCCGAAGUGGGCACUAUCUUUAUCGCCCAGACUCUAGACUAUGAACAAAACAAAAGGUACAAGCUUCAUGUGCUGGCGUCAGAUGGGAAGUGGGAAGAUUACACCACGGUGACGGUAAACGUGGUCAACAAGAAUGACGAGGCGCCAGUGUUUACCGUUAACGAAUACUACGGCAGCGUUACAGAGGAGCUGGAUGGUUCCCCAGUGUUUGUGUUACAGGUAACGGCGUCUGACCCAGAUAAGGAUGCCGACCCAGAGGCCCUGCGUUACUCUCUCCACGGCCAGGGUGCAGAGAGCGAAUUCAUAAUUGAUGAGGUCACAGGCAAAAUCUACGCCCAGAGGACUCUGGACCGCGAGGAGCGCGCUGUGUGGCGAUUUGUCGUCCUGGCCACCGAUGAAGGUGGCGAAGGGCUGACAGGCUUCACUGAUGUCAUCAUUAACGUUUGGGAUAUCAAUGACAAUGCGCCUGUCUUCACCUGCGCCCCCAGCUGCCAAGGAGAUGUGGCAGAGAACUCGGUAGUAGGGACGUCUGUGAUGGAAAUGACAGCCACUGACCUGGACGACUCCGCUGUGGGACAGAAUGCCGUGCUCUCUUACAGGAUUGUGGGUAGUCUAGAUGGCACUAACGUUGAGGAGGGAGGAGGAGUGCCGACUUUCUCAGAAAUGUUUACCAUAAACCCCACCACAGGAACAAUCACUGUCGCCUUGGGUGGUCUGGACAGAGAGCAGGUUGAGUCCUACCUCCUGGUCGUGGAGGCCAGAGAUGGCGGAGGGAUGACUGGUACCGGAACUGCUACUAUUCAGAUCAAUGAUGUGAACGACCAUGCUCCAAGGUUCACGGAUCACUCCUGCUUAGCACGGAUCUCAGAGAAUUCAGACCCCAAUGCAGAGGUAUUGGACCUUGCUGCAGAGGACACGGAUACUGGAGAGAAUGCCCAGCUUACUUUCAGUGUUGUGUCUGGAGACCAAGAGCAGAAGUUCUACAUGGUCAGUCACAAGCAGGAGCAGCGUGGCACCCUGCGGCUGAAGAAACGACUGGACUAUGAACGCCACAGCGAGCAGAGGUUCAACCUCACCCUGAAGGUGGAAGACCUGGACUUUUCCAGCCUUCUUCACUGUGUGGUGGAGGUAGAGGACUACAAUGACCAUGCUCCUGUCUUCAUUCCACACUUUCUUUCUCUCGCCCCGCUACCUGAGGACAUCUCCGUGGGAACUAGUGUAGCACGUUUGGUUGCCAGUGACUCUGAUUCAGGCCAGAACCGUGACAUCACCUACAGCCUAUCAGAGGACUCAGAUCCUGAGGGGCUGUUCACCAUUGACCAGUCUGGUGUGCUAUCUGUGGCCCAGCCUCUGGAUCGGGAGAGUGUACCCCAGCAUCACUUGAUUGUCAUAGCAACUGAUCAUGGGGUUCCACGUUUAUCAGGCAGUGCAACAGUGCAGCUGCCUCUGUUGGAUGUGAAUGAUAAUGGACCAGAGUUUGAGGCAGCAUACUCCCCAAUGGUAUUUGAGAAUAUGGCGGGACCACAGGUUGUGAGGUUGAACCAAACAUCGACUCUCCUGCGAGCUGUGGACCAGGACUCUCCAGAGAAUGGCCCCCCCUUUCACUUCUCAAUCCCCCCUGAGUAUCGCCACAACAACGACUUCUACCUCCAAGACAACCUGAAUGGCACUGCCACACUAACUGCUCUGCGGAUGUUUGACCGUGAACGGCAGAAAGAAUUCCUCAUUCCCAUUAUAAUGAGUGACAGCGGCCGUCCAGCCAAAACUGUGACCACCACCCUGACAGUGACUAUCGGAGACCAGAAUGAUCAUGCGCAUGUGGCAGGGGAGAAACAGAUUUUCAUCAACAGUCACCGAGGCCGUAUGCCAACCACAGUGCUUGGUAAGGUCUACUCUCCUGACCCGGAUGACUGGGACAACAAGACUUACAUCUUUGAAGGACAUGUGCCUAGUUACUUUAUCCUGAACAAGCGAACAGGUUUCCUGAUCAUCAAGGAGAAUGCCCCACCGGGCACCUAUCAGUUCCAGGUCCGCGUGUCCGAUGGAAUUUGGCCCGAUGCUGUCUCCACCGUCACUGUGCAUGUGAGGGAGCUGCGAGACGAGGCCAUCUACAACUCGGGGUCCCUCCGACUGGCAGACAUCACCGCGAAGGAGUUCAUUGAACUGAGAGGGAAGCAGCGGAGCCGCUACGAGCUGCUGGUGGACUUCCUGUCCGAGAUGCUAUCUGUUCCACCUGACGAUGUCAACAUCUUUAGCCUAAUAGAUGUGAGGGAGCGGAUGCUAGAUGUACGCUUUGCUGUGCAGGGCGGCCCGUCCUUCCUCCAGCCUGAGAAAAUUCACGGUUAUCUGGCUGCCCACAAACAAAAGCUCCAGUCAUUCCUGCAGGUCAGCGUGUCCCAGGUGCGGGCGGAUGAGUGUCCCUCUUCGGAUUGUGCCGGGACCGGGGGCUGCACAAGCGUUUUGAAUGUUCGAGACACACCCACGGUGGUGGAUUGUGGGACUAUGAGUCUUGUAUCUGUGACAGUGGAAUCCACCGCUGCGUGCUCCUGCACAGGUAGAGAGCAAUCCCAUCAGCCAUGCGCCGCAUAUCCCAGAAACCCCUGCUUCAAUGGUGGAGUGUGUGUGGACACACAGCACGGUUACAGGUGCCAAUGCCCAGCUCAGUUUGAAGGGCCUGAGUGCCAGCAGAACAGACACGGCUUCCACGGUAACGGCUAUGCCUGGUUCCCUCCCAUGAUGCCUUGUUUCGAGAGUCACGUGUCGAUGGAGUUCAUCACAGAUGUGGCUGAUGGCCUGCUGCUGUACAGCGGUCCCUUAGCCCAGCUGCAGGCCUGGGACCACGAGGACUUCAUGGCUAUAGAGCUAAUAGAUGGGACCCCCACCUUGAAAAUCAACCACGGCUCUGGCACAGUGGUGCUACAGUUGCCAGGCAACGUGAACGUGGCAGACAGACGCUGGCAUCGGCUGGAUGUCCGCAGCAACAGCAAGGAAGUGCGUUUCACCCUGGAUCGCUGCUCGGGAGCAGCAGUGAUGGAGAUGGAAGGUCUGGGCAGCUGGCUGACCACAGAGGACCACUCCUCCUGUGAGGUGACAGGCGUCACACCCAACACUGAAAGACACCUGAACAUGAGCCAGGUACUGCAGCUCGGUGGUGUGAACGAGGACAUCCCCUACGUCUACCCUCAGCUUCAGCACAAACACUUCACCGGCUGCAUCCGCAACUUCAUCGUGGACAGCAAGCUGUAUGAUUUGGGCUCCCCGGCCGAUUCCCAGUCCAGCUCCCCGGGCUGCCUGACCACCGACAGCAGCUGUGUAAACAUGGGCUAUCCAUCCUGCGGCCUACGGGGUCGCUGUCACGGCGAGUGGGGCUCCUUCAGCUGCCAGUGUGUGCCCGGGUACACAGGACACCAGUGUGAAGAGGAGGUCCCAGAGUUUUCCUUUGACGGACAUAGUCAGGUGCACUAUCAGUUGGCAUCCCCGCUGCCAGCCCGCAAGACGUGGGUUCAAGUCCUUGUUCGAACCCGCAAACACAGCAGCACCAUCCUCACGCUGAUCUCCAAGGAGCAGAGCGAAUACCUGCGACUGGAGAUCUUCCAGGGCCUCUUGUGUAUUUUCUACAACCUCGGUGAUGGAGACUACAACGUUACCCUGCCCACGUAUCGGCUGGACAACGGGGAAUGGCACGAGGUCCUCCUAGAUCGGCACGACAACGAGAUGACUCUGAAACUGGACGGUGGUGGAGGACAGCGGGAGGUCACGGGAUCGCGAGGCCGGAGCCGAGAAAUCAUUAUUGACCCCAGUGUGGUGAUUCUGGGCAAUAGCUUCCCAUCUGCGGUCAACAAAAGCUUCCAGGGCUGCAUGAGGGACCUACGCCUCAAUGGUCGCUAUAUGCCAAUGGACAGCCAGCCGCGAGAUGGGGUUUCCCAGGUCAGCGUGCAGGGCCUCUCCCUCGGGUGCUCGUCUGACUCCUGCAAAAGGAACCAGUGUAGUUCCCCGUUCACCUGCGUCGACUUGUGGAGAGUGCACGAAUGCAGAUGUCCCCCUGGGCACAUGAUCCGAGUGAACGGGUCCAGGAAGUCCUGUGUCUACACUCUCUGUGCCACGCGGCCCUGUCACAGGGGGACCUGUGUGGCCCAGUCACCCUCCAAAUUCACCUGCCACUGCCCGGAGGGUUACAGAGGACGCCACUGCGAGACGCCGCUGGCCAUCUACAGGGAGGACGUGGGCCUGAGCUUCAGCUCGCUCUUUGCCAUCUGCAUCUGCUUCAUGGCCUUACUAGUGCUGCUGCUGGGCAUUUUCCUCUACACCCGCUGGAGGAGCUACAAAGGGCUGAAGGAAGGUGUUUACCACGUCUCAGCGCACCAUGACGGGUGGGAGGACAUCCGAGAGAAUGUCCUCAACUAUGACGAGGAGGGAGGCGGGGAGGAAGAUCAGAAUGCCUAUGACAUGGCAGAGCUGCAGAAGUCCCUCCAGCCGAGCCCGGCUCAGUCCAUCCAGUACUGCCGCUCCAGAGCCCUGCACCACCCUCCUCCUCCCCACCAUCACCACCACUUGCUACACCAGGCGCCCCCUGCCCCUCCCUCCACCCAGCCGCUGGACUCCCUCAGUCGGACAGCCAGCUCCAACACCCUGCCCCCCUCAGCAGCCUCCACCUCCUCCAGCGCCACCACCACCACCAGCAUCCGCAGGGAUGUCCCUCCUGCCAGGCUCCCGGCCCAGGGCCAGGCCCGGCCCUCCCAGCUGGCGCGUCGCUCCCUGUCCUUCUCCAGCCAGGACCUGGCGCGCUACCUGUGCGAGAUCAUCCGUGAUGCCGACCAGCAUCCAGACACUGGGCCUUUCGACUCCCUGCAGGUCUUCUCCACUGAGGGAGGGGGCUCGCCCGCCGGUUCCCUCAGCUCCUUCAGCUCGGCAGGGCUGGAUGGGAGCAGUGGCGGGGAUGGAGGAGGGGAGGCGAGGAGAGAGGAGACACUCGGGGAGUGGGGGCCUCGCUUUGAGAAGCUGCGGGCCUUGUAUGAGCGCGCGGAGGCCAGCGACCUCUGAGUUUGGGCGUACACGACCACAACUGAUAGGACCUUGAAAACCGGCCCGCCUGAAACAAUCAUUUAGCUGACACUUAGCGGUGACCGAGGCGGAAAAUCAGCAAGAGGCUGAGUGACAGAGAGACUCCCAGCACUUGCUUACAACUUAUAUGGAAGGUGUUGUAUUUACGGGAUGAUGAGGCCUGUCAAUCAAAGCGGUGGCUUAACGGACAGAUGAAAGUGUCCCUCUGGAAACAGCCUGUCGCUCUGUGCUCCCUCCACCUUGGACAGCAAUUUUGUAGGAGCAGACUUUAUCAAACCUGCCAGUCAGGUUAAAGGCUUCGGAGCACGACCCUCCACCACGGACACUCACCAUGAUGGAGCUUAGCUUCACUGUCGGAAAAAAAUCGAUUAAAAAAAACAAUUUUCCUCUGUUUUCUAACUCUAACAUUGUGAGCUGCUCUGAACUAAAAUGUGACACUAAAAACAUUUUGGCCGAAUUUUACAUAAAAUGUAUUUUUAGCACCUUGUUGCUGAAUUGAACCUUGUAAAUAAAGAGAGGACCGUAUAUUCCACACUGCACCGUUACAUGAACAGUGAAAAUUAGUGGAAUCAUUCUGAGUAGCCCUUAUAAUACAGUUUGGAUUUUCACUAUAUAGUGGACACAUGGUGUUCUCACUGCCUGGCUGUACACAGCUUCUAUCGAUGUUUGUAUGAGACAAAGUGCUUCAGCCGUCACUGGGUUAUGGGGUGAAUUUUUUUUUUUUUUUGUGUCUUUCGCUGGGUUGAGUAAUUCUGUAUUGGUUGGGUGUUUCAAGUUUCAAAGCUCCGUGGGUUGUAAGACAUCAAGCUUUCUACUUAUUACUGCACCCUCGUGUUCAUUUGAUUUCCUUUUCUCGUUCGCGCUCCUCCGCUGCUCGUUCCUCCCCACCCAGGGGAGGGUGCACCAAAUUUCAAACAGCUUUUUUACAAAGAAAUGAGACUGGACGUGCGGACCGCAGGAGGGAGGAAACGCCUGCUCUGUUGCGCUGCUCCAUGCACACUCUCCAUCAGGCAGACCAAAUGGGGUUGCAUCUUCGCAGACGCUUGCUCGGUAGAAUACAAACAACGACAAAUGGCUUUCCAAGGUGUCUACUCAAUAAUUACAAAUGGCCCGGAAGGGGAUGAUUUAAUGUGUAAUGAUUAUACAGAUAUAGUUCUGACCUGUGCUGCCUGUGCCAUUCACAUUUCAGACACAAUUCCCAUUCACUUUCACCUGGCUGAAAGUGUGUCAUAAUUGUGAUUGUGGGGAAUUGGACUGAGAAAAUUACAAAGUAAUAACACUGCAAUUACUAUCCGAGCUGUGAGCACAGUGGCAAGCGUUCCUCCGGUCUGCGCUCCUCGUCACAUCAGGGCGAAGGAUCUUGUUUUUCACCCCUCUCAACUUCACAAAGAAGAGACUUCCUGCUGUUGUGGGAACAUUAAGAAACAUGGCCAAAACAAGAGGAAAAGAACGAUAAUAAAGCAGGGAUUGGGGAGAGCGGAGAAGGACCUGUUCUUUUCACCUUUGAUAAGAGAGAUGAUUGCAGGGUAGAGGGUUGAAUCAGAGAGUGAAUGAGCGAGGGAGGAAGGGAGGAAUCAUCUUAACAAGUGCCUGGCUCUGUGGUGAACUGUUCCACAAGUGCACCAUGGAGCUCAGUGGCUGCGCAGAUGCUGGGAGAAAUGUUUUUUCUGCAGGAACGGUUUGUUGCACAGCAAAUGGCACCCCCAGCUCCAACAACAAUCCACCCCCCCAUCCCCCUUUCUUCAAGCAAGCAUCCCCCCCAAAAAAAUCCCUCCUGGCAUUUCAGGUGGUCUGAUCAGCUGGAAGCAGCAGCAGCACCUUCAUCGUGCUCUUUUUGUUUCAUUCGUUUUCACAUUGGCAGAGCCAAGCCUGUUGGCAGGGAGCAUUUAAAGGGUAGGAAUGUGUGAAAACACGUCAGGCCACUAAGCCUAAUAGGAGCUGAUGGCUUGCUGUCACACUUGGGGAAAAAAACCAUAGGCAUUGCAGGUACUUUCAAAAAAAUAAAAAAAGUCCUCAGAGGAGUUGAUUCCCAGAUUGUUGCUCUCUGGAAAUGUGCUAUUUUCUGGAAAGCCACGGCAACAAUGUGGAUUUUGGAAAUAAGAGACUUUGCUGUCAGGCGAGUGUGCAGCACACUGUGGGAUGACACCUGAUAGGGAGACACAGGCUUCUUUUCUUUUUAACAGAGAGUAGGUAUAUCCUUGGCAGGGAUGUUUUCUAUUCUCCUGUAGUGAGGCUGAGCCACACAGAGUGGUGGGGGAUGAAGAUGCUUCAUGCCUCACUUCCUCCUCUCUGCAGCUGUGCAGCACAGCAGCUCAAUUCCCAUCGCCAUUCAUUUGUGACAUAAAGCAGCUUCCUAAAUGUUGUGUUCUGGGUGCAGACCUGUUGUGAACAUAGUUAAUGUUUUUACCUCAUUUGUAAAUACAGAGAUAGAUCAGUUACAAUUAUCGCUGUGUGCCAAGAAAAGCACCAUAAGUUUAAAAUGUGCAGCUUCUAAGACAAAAUGAAAAGAAUCUAACGGGACAUAUCAUUCUUAUCAUCAUGAUGGUGAUGAGCUUUGGACAGUUAUGUAAGUGUUUUGUAAUUGCUUUGAUCAUUUCCUUUCCUCAAUAAAUUCUUUUAUUUGCA